AUGGCCCGUUCACCUUCCGGAGUCGACAUACCCCUCCUCCAUCCCUCCGUCCUAAUCCUCACGAAGUUCAAGAGAUGGUACACAACCCUCUCAUCUACGCGCCCCAAAACCGUGCUCAAACACCGGUCCGACGAGGGGGACAUUGAUUAUAUGGUCCAUUGGCUCACACGGAACGGGUUGACGAUACAGUUUGGGGCGUAUAGAGGCAGGAGGGGAGAAGAGCUGAUGCUGUAUGUCAAGACAUAUUUGGCGGAGAAGGUUAAGAGUGGUAGUGGGGAGCGGGUUGAGGAGAUGUUGAGGGGCGUUGUUGAGAGGAGUGAUUGGGAGGUUUUGGAAGGGAUGGAGGUUGGUGAUGUGGGUGGGGAAAAUGUUUAUGUAGAGUCGCCUUGAUUGUGGGUUAGAUUUGGGGUGGACGAGUGGGAUAUCUCAACUUACAGGCAUCGAAACAGUGGAGGAGGGUGGUUAUAAUGUGAGAAGAUUGAUAUACC